AUGGGGUCGUCCUCGGAUACUUUCCCGACCCUGGAGUCCCUUCAUUUCCCGUCGGCGCAGCUGUCAAUCUCCCAGACGCUUUCGUCGCUGCGUCGAUCGGCGCUGUCCGUCGCCAACCGGCUCGAGUCCAUCGAGACCGAUGCCGCCUUUGCGCAGGACGUCGCGGACCAAUAUGGCUUACCGCUCGUUGCGAAUGAGCGCUGCGGAAGCUGGUAUAUCCCGCCGACGGCCAAGGCUGGCAGUGCUUAUUUUAAAAGCACCGAUGGCCAUACCGGUCAGUGGGAUUUUAGCUUUCGUAGGCUGAACUUGCAGUUGCUUCCGUUGGCUAGGGAUCAUGGGGGUCACCAUGCAUAUCAUGACUACAACCAAGGCUCGGUCCCCAUUAACCCACCCCUAGUAAUGCCAGACGCACUAUCAAAAACCGUCCCAAUCUGGAGCGCCGUGCUAAACAGAGCCCUAUUCCCAUCCGCAACCGCAUACCACCCAGUCCGCCUUCCACCAGAUUACCUAGGCGCAUCAGAAGAAGCACAGAUCGAGAACCGAAUCGACGGAUUCGUGCAUUCCCUCAAGAACCUGAAACUCGAUCUAGAUAAUCUACGCCAGCAACUCGGAAAACCAAUCCAGAUCGCCUGGGCCAACAGGACGUAUUUCCACCCGCCGGACCUGCACACGAGCGAUGAGUACAAUCUACUCGUACUGUGCUCCGCUUCGAGGCGCGUGCUUGGCGCUGAGAUGUCCGAGGGCGGAUACAUCCAAGGCGCGGGCGAUGAUAGCGAGGCGUGGGCGUAUGGGCUGACGCCGCCGGUGUUCUGGGCCAACCAGGCUAUUUUGAAGAGUACACCUGAAGACGAAUUGCCAGAGCUUAUUGACCGGCUGGUGGCGGAGCAUAAGCUGCUGGAUGUGGUGCAGGAUGCGACGCUUGUUUCGCCUACGCGCAAUUUGUAUAUUGGAUCUGGGGCCGAGGUGGAUGUUGGGGGUCGGUAUGAUAUUGUUAUUGAUUGUAAUGGGAGUGCUGCGGCUGUGGAGGGUAAUGCGAAACGGUUGAAUUUGGGCUGUGAUUCUGGGAAAUUGGGGAGUCGGGAUCUACGGAAAUGUCUGGAUAAGGUGCGUGAGUUUAUUGGCGCUCGUCUUGGGGAGGAUCCGUCGCUGUCGGUGCUGGUUACCUGUGAGAGUGGGAAGGACCUUUCGGCUGGGACGCUUCUGGCGAUCAUUUGUCUCUUUUAUAACGAUGAGGGCGGCUUCGAUGCCUCACUGAGCAAGCGCGCGAUCAGCAAGCAGUUCAUUCGACAGCGUCUAGCCUGGCUCGUGUCGUCGAAGCAUGACGUGAACCCCUCUCGCGCCACGCUUCAAUCUGUCAAUGCUUUCCUGAUGCAGCCGCCGGAUUAUUGA